AUGGGUAUGAUGAGUCUCCUGACCUGCUUCUUUACAUUCCCUGUCUUCCAAAGGACGUAUGGCUCGACCGAGGGCGAUGAGCAGCCCAGGUUUCAAAAUCCGCAUCCCUUGGGGUACUUUCCAGACAUUGUCGGUCUCCUAUGCUGCCGAGGUGAUGCCGGUGGCAGCUCCGAGAUCAAUUUCUUAGCUAUCAAUCUGUGCUGGAUUCUUGGACAGACCCGCGGCGUUGAUGUGAUCCGUGCUUUGGCCGAGACAGACCCGGAAUGGGUUUAUCGCCUUCCCUUCGCAAUACAGUGGGCGUCCAUGGCCAUUAUUCUAACCGGGGCUGUAUUUGCGCCCAAGAAUCCCUGGUGGCUAAUCCGCCAAGGUCGGUCGGACGAUCCUCGGAAAUCAGUCUUGCUGCUGACAAGCAAGGGCGCCGGCACCUUGGGCAUCGAGGAGAUUGUGGCAAUGAUGAAACACACCAACGAAGUCGAGAAAUACUACGGGAAUGACAAGCUGACCUACCUCAAUUGUUUUCAGGGCAUGGACUGCCGGUGA